AUGUCUGAUCCAAUUUGGAGUCACUUUAUUCAACUAGGAUCUGCACGUACACAUUUUCAAAACUGUAAAUUUAUCUUGCCAGAACAAAAAAAAAAUUAUUUUGGUGAUUCAUAUGAAGAUGAAAAUAAUAGUGAUAGUAACAUAUCACUAAAUACAUUUGAAAUAUCUAUUCUGGUCACAUUAAAUUUUGUAUUACCUUCAUCUAAAUCAUCUGAUAUAGUAGAGGCAGCAUUACGUUCUAAUGAUAGACCUAGUGAAAGUCAUGAAUUUGAGUUAUUGGACCCUGAUAAUAGUAAUAAUAGUGAUGAAAGUGAUGAAGGUGAAUCGGAAGAUGGAUUAGCAGAAAGUGAUAAAGAUGAGAUCAUAGAAUUAACAGAAUCUGAAACAGAGUUAUUAACAGAAAGUGAUGUAGAUAGUGAGGAUGAAUAG